AUGGAUGCGUCCACACUCAGCGCGCUCAUUGAUACAUCGAGCAAAGAGUUGGAAGAGCUGCAUAGGCAGCUAGGAUGCCCAAAUGAUGAGAUGGACAAGGCUAUGUCGGCCCUCAAGGCCUGUAUUUAUGACGCUAUUCACGCACAGGUACGCCAGGUUGAGACACGGGUUGCCGAGGUCAAGGUGUCGUGCGAGGCACAUGAGCGGCGCAUACAACAACUUUGCAGCGCUACGGGGGCUCAACCGCCCACGAUAACACCGUCACAGCCCCUUCUGGCACAGCGAGCUGCGCUCCAAGCGGAAGAAGCGCGCCUAGAGUCGAUCUACGCCGCACAAUGCGAUCAGUGUGAUCUUGUGCUGAAUCAAAUCCAUACCCUGAAUAUGUGUAUGUCAGAAGCGGGCGGCGCUCCCUCGCUGCCGACGCGCACGGACGCUCUGCGCGAUGUCACACCCGACACACUGUGUCACUUGGAGUCCCAUCUCCUUCAUGUACAGCAAGUUUACAAAGACCGCAAGAUACAGAUGGAGUCGGAUCUUAGUGAAAUUUUACAGUUAUGGUCUGAGCUGCAUGUCAUGCCCGAUGUGGCCAUCAAUGCCGGUCAUGUGUCUGUGCACGACGAGCGGCCUGAAGAGAGCCAAUUCCACAUGUCUAUUCUGCAAUACACACAACAAAUGCCGACUCUGGAGCUGGACGGCGAGUUUCGUGGCCAGUUUGAGCCGAUACGUACGGCGGAAGAAAGUACGAUGGAUGCCACACCCUCACGCAUCCAGGGCACUCCGACGCUUGCGGCCGACACAUCGGCGGUGCCUGAGCUCUUGCAGCCUACCGACGCCGUCAUGGCCAAGAGUAUCAAGCUGCGCGAGUCACUCGAGCGCGAAAAGACCGAGCGCGAAUCAAGUAUUCAGUCAUACUAUGACGAGCUGUGUGAGCUGUGGAUGCGCUUUGAUGUCCCAGAAACUGAGAUGGACGCUUUUGUGUUGGAUCACCGCGGUAGUACGCUGCAGGUUGUCGAGGCCUACCGCACAGAAUUGGACAAGAUGCGCGCCCUCAAGUCGCAGCACAUGGCCCUUUUCAUUAGCAAGACCCGUGAACAGAUCUGGGAGCAGUGGGAUGCGCUGUACAUGAGUGAGGCCGAGCGCCGAAACACAUUCCCCGCCUACUUUCUUGCGUUGCCGGGCGAAGACGAGACCAUCUCGGCCACAUUCGAUUGGGACGAACUGCUGGCCGAACAUGAAAGCAUGUAUGCCAAGCUGGCCGAGAUGCUCGAGCAGCGUGCACCGAUUCUCAGCCUCAUAGGGCGCUACCAUACGAUAUGCCAUGAGGCUCGUGCCCUCGAAGAAAGUGCGCAAGACGGCUCGCGGCUGCUAGGCCGCGGUAACCGUGGCGAUCCAGGUCGCCUCUUGCGUGAAGAAAAGAUGCGCAAGCGAGUCAAAGUCCAGAAACCCAAGCUCGAACAAGAGCUGCUCAAAGUACUGCCGGCAUGGGAGGCGGAACACCAUAUGCCGUUUAUGAUGGAUGGCACUCGGUUUGUGGACUACCUCCGUGACCAGCUCGGCGGCGCCAAAGAAAAUCCACGUACUCAGCGGCGCACAGUCCCCCAAAAGACUGGCGCCGAGCUUUCUUCGUCGCGCGCCGCGAAUGGCGUACCAGAGACGCCACGGCAGGGUCCCUUGAAGCGUCCUGGCACAGCUUCCAUGAAUCGUGCGCCGACGUCACAAGCCCGACGAGGUGGUGCACACGGCACAUCACGUCCACGCAUGGCUUCUCAAUCGCGCAUGACGCCGUAUGGCGCUGUUGCGACCAACAAGCCUGGCGCAAAGCGUCUCGACUCAACGUCUAGCACGGACACGGUCGUUCCUCACGCAGCGACGCUGUCUUCGUCGAUCACAUCGCCUGCACCUGAUGAUGAUGAUGUAUUUUCUGCCGGACAGCGAACGCCGAGUUCUUACCUUGCUUCUUCCUUCGCGCGAUCUCAGACCCCAGCCAUGUCGCGCUUUUAG